AUGGUCAGCCGCAGACUUAACCACCUCUCCCGCUAUGAGGCCUUGCUACUGAUAGCUACCUGCCCCAUCUGGUGCCCGAUCGCCUGCUUCAUCAUCCUGCUCGAUCGAGACCCCCCCGCUGAAGCCAUGGAAGAUAAGCUGGAGCUGGUAAGGCAGAAGCGAUGCGGGACACGGACGCCCAAGAAGCUUCCGCCGAGGAGGAAACGAGAGCUAUCGCAGCCUCCACCUUUGCAGAGGGAGUAUCUGAGCGAAGAGCAGGUUGACGAGCCCGUUCAGGUGGUCAAUGAGAAGACUGGGGUAAAAGAGGAAGGAAUCGAAGUGAAGUUAACUCAACUGGUAUCCAAGAUUCAUCCCAAGAAAAAGCCGGAUCUGGCGAUGUCUAGCCAACAGCAGUCCAUGCUGCUCUCGAAGCUGCCAGCCGAGUUACGGGAGAUGAUCUGGAACGAGGUGAUAGGAGACCAUGUCCUGCACAUCAACCACGACUGGCUUAAAUCGACCAGAAGGUUCGAACCAUUGCGCACGCGAGAUAAGAAGCGACUGUUCUAUGGCACCUGGCAUGAUCACGACUCCUUAAGAUUCCCUGCCGGCUAUCGCCAGCGUUUCUGGCUCCAUGGAUUUCUCUCCCUAAAUGAGGUCAUCUUAUCCUUCAGCUCGGCACGGAUCCUCUCACUCCCACUAACCUGCCGACAAAUCUACAUGGAAUGCAUCCACCUCCUCUACCAACGCAACUUCUUCUCCUUCCGCCACCUCUUCCAACUCACCUACUUCAAAUCCGCUGUUCUUCCCCACCGCCUCUCCCAAAUCCGCUACCUCCGCCUCCAAUGGCGCAUUCCCGUCAACAUCUUCCAAGACUAUGUCCCUACCAAAUGGCAGCGCCCCCCCUGGAACCGCCGCACCUGGGAGAAGGCCAUCGACACCCUCGUCGCCAUGAAGGGACUACGCGAGUUGAUUGUCAUCAUCAGUUGCACAUUCGACGACGAGGCAUCCACGGGGGAGCUGUUGACGAGUUUGAGUCGCGUGCGGUUGGGCGAGAGGGGGAAGUAUACGGUGGGUGUGUCGUGGAAGGAAAACGCUAUGGAUCGGCAUCUGCUGUAUCACGGUCUCCCGUUCAGGCUGGUGAGAAAGGGGGAUGCGGACUGGGAUGCGUGAAGGGCUGGGAUCGAUAGGUGGUCGUUCGGCUGGGUAGAUGCUUGGGAAUGGAUGCGCAUGGUCGUAUCAGAAGCAUAUAGUCCUGAUCAUGGUACACAAUCAUCAGAUGCGGGGCAAUGAACAGUGCCAACGCCUUGGUUUGGCGGCUCAGUCGUCU